AUGGGGUUGUUUGAGCGGCGCUCGUCCAAGGCUGGCCUGGAAGACAUCGAGCGAUCAGAUGCUCCUCCUCGCCCCGACUCUGGCACCCCUCCUCCGCCGCCGCCUCUACCUUCUGCUGCCGAUGCUCCCGUGAGAGCCGGCGAACCACCCGAGUCGAGCCUGUCCUUUGCAAAUCGGAUGCUGGCAUCCAAACAUGCCUCGAAGUUGUCUGCGAAAAACGACUCGCAUUCAAUACACCACCCCUUUCAUUUUAUCCCCCACUCAUCUAGUAACUCGAGGGCUUCCUCGACCAAAACCUCCUCCAGUUCUUUGCAGGCCUUGAACGAGGAUUCAGUCACCGAUAACUUGAACAGAGUUGAUCACUACUCCUCCUCCUCGCCUAUCGGACGACGACUGUCUCAGCAGCUGGAUCACAAUCAACACCCGAUAAUCCAUUCCAUCAAUACUUCGGCCGACUUACCCGUAUACCCCGAUCAGUCAUACGCCGUCCUGCAAUCUCAAGUCUAUCCGCCUCCAUACAAACCUUUUCUACGUGGCCGAAGCUCAUAUCCUUCACACGUAGAUUACUCCCGACAACACGACCAUUCCCUCUCGUUCGGUACUCGGACGUUGGAUAACACACCCAUCUCGACUCCAGGGCUGUUUGCAGGCCGCAGUGCCCGCACUUCUCCUUCAGUCGGCUCUGAUGACGAAGCCUUUGCCUUCAGUCCUUCUCUACACCCAACACACCUUCAUCCUCCCAAAGAAACCCAUACCGCUGAAGUUGAACGCGAUCUCCAGACCGGGAAUAAGCUUAUCAAUGACUACGAGGUGCUUGAAGAGAUUGGGCGUGGAGAACAUGGCAAGGUCAAGCUUGGCCGCCAUUUGCCCACCAAGCAACCUGUCGCGAUCAAAAUCGUUCAGCGCUACUCCAAACGCCGCCGCUUGGGAAAACUAGGAGACCCUGAAGACAAGGUCAAAAAGGAGGUGGCUAUUCUCAAGAAAGCUCGUCAUCCGAAUGUAGUCAGUUUGCUAGAAGUGAUUGACGACCCAAACCGCCAAAAGGUUUACAUUGUUUUGGAGUUCGUCGAACAUGGAGAGAUCAAGUGGCGCAAAAAGGGUACCAAAGAAAUCAUCCACGUUGAUAAACUCCGCCUGGAACGAGAGAAGAAUGGCUCUCCCGACUCGCCCUUUUUCGAGGAGGAAGGUCAACAGAUGGUCCGCAGUCUCCAGACCCAACGACGUUACAGGGAAGCAAUCCGUGAAAGACGCCGCGCGCAAACUCAAAGCAACAACCAACAACAGGUUCCCGCCUGGAGUUUGGAACAUGGCGGGGAAUCCGAUGAUGAGGCUGGCCCAGAAUUGGCAUUGGCACGAUCUUUCAGUCGCAAUUUUCCCUUCCACGAGGCCGGUGACAAUCACGUUUCUCCAAGUCAGUCGUACGCUAGCUCCGUCUCCGAAUUCGACCGUCACAUGCGUGAUUCCAACCUGGCUGCCAUUGAAGGAAGUAUGUAUGGGGCGUAUGCCUCGGACUACUCGUUUGAACGCCGGUACAGCACAGCCUCGAGUUUGUUCGGUUAUACCUCGUCCGAGACCGACUUUCUCAAUGACGAUGACGAUAUGACAUAUGUGCCCUGCCUAACCAUCGAGGAAGCCCGCAAUGCUUUUCGUGAUGCAGUCCUGGGGUUGGAAUAUUUACAUUACCAGGGCAUUAUACAUCGUGAUAUCAAACCCGCAAACCUACUCGUCACCUCUAAAGGACAGGUCAAGAUUUCUGAUUUCGGCGUGUCCUACCUCGGGCGACCAAUUCGGGACGAAGACGAAGAGCAGGUGACCGAGACCGAUGCAACUGAACUGGACGAUGCCCGUGGUGAAUUGUCCAAAACUGUCGGCACACCUGCCUUUUAUGCCCCAGAGCUGUGCUACAGUGGUGACGACUAUGUCGAUGUCAAUGGCAAAGGGCCUAAAAUUACUGGCGCUAUCGAUAUCUGGUCCCUCGGUGUUACCCUUUACGGAAUGAUUUUCGGCCGGUUGCCGUUUGUCUCGGACGACGAAUACAAUCUCUUUCAAUCAAUCGGGAAAAACGAGUUAUUUAUUCCUAGCAAACGCCUCAAGCCCGUCGAGGUCGACCUGAUCAGAACCAAUCAGGACCAGCGUCCGUCAGUAAUGAACAGCAACAAGCGCCUGGACAAUGAGUUUGUAUAUGAGGACAUCGAUGAGAAACUGGUGGAUCUUUUGCGCCGUCUACUAAACAAGGAUCCCCAAAAACGCAUCACAAUCAAAGAAAUAAAGACCCACGACUGGGUCCUUGAAGAUCUGAAAGAAGACCCAAUUGACUGGGUCCAAAAGACUGAUCCGCAGAGCAGGGGCAAUCGAAUUGAAGUCUCGAACGAAGAAGUUACGAGCGCUGUCAGCAAAGUCCCCUUUGUCGACCGCGUCCGGUCGCAAGUGGCCAAGUGGUCUGGGUACAUCGUGGGUUCUCGCCGUGGGCACCCUAAGCGGACUGCAAGCGCUGCAGGAACCAGCGCAGAAUCGCUCGUGUCUUCUAGAGAUCGGAUCAGUGGCCGUCGAGCCAGUUUACGAGGAGACGAAGACCACCACCGGCCCCAGAGGACUGCAAGAGAAUCCGAGCAUCCGCUAUCUCAGAGUGUGGUUGCCAGUCCUGAUGAUCCACCAGAUCGAACGUCCUAUUUCAAGGACAUGCAGAACACCUCUUCUUCGUCAUUAUCUGCAACCCAUCAAACUACACCUCGACCCCGUCUUCCUGGACGGUUCUCAUCAUCGAUGUCAAGUGCUACUUCGACAAGGACCGUGAGACCAGCAUCUCCAGACCGACGAUUUCCAACACUUGCUGAGACCUCUCAAGAAAUCGCUCAUUCUAGUUCACCUCAUGUUAGCGGUCUCUUCUCCGGAGCUGUCAACCGACUAUCAAAGGGCAGUAGCGAUGAAGAACAGCAGCCAUUGGAACGAUGUCGAUCGACGGAUCGAACUAUCGCUGAGGGCGAUGCUCAUUCAGAGCCCAGUCUGGCAUGGAACGCAACCUCGGCCACGGGCCAUGUUGUGGCCCCUAACCGCUGGAAAGAGGACGGUCGGCCUCGUAGCCAAGAUGAAAACACCACUGGGUUUUCGCCCUCAUCGGGACACCGUCGCAACCGAUCAGAACAGAUGGGGCAUGAAACCGAUACUGAUUAUUUCCACCUCGCCAAAGAAGCCCUGUUACGUCAAAGAGACGAAUACUCUCACUCGCAUGAGAACGAGGAUGGGGGCUCUAGCCAGGUCAGCCCAGCCGAUUCCACUCAUAACGUUGCGAGUGGCGGUCUUAUCAUGACUUCGCCGCCGUCAGCGGCAACAAUGUCAACCGCCUCGAUGGAUGAAUGUGCGAGUGAAACGUCUCGCAGUGCUUCGCAUCCCAGUAUACCUUCUGUUGUUUCGGGGGCUUCAUCUCUUUCGAACGAUGGGCUUCAUAUCCAUAUGAAAGAGCGAGAAAAGGAAGUAGACGCAACUGCGUAUGUACCUCCCAUUCUGAGGACCGGUGAUACGAUUACAGCUCGGAAUUUUCGGCAACAUCGGUCAGCAGAUGAUGAAGAAUAUCGCUACGACUGCGAUGACGAAGAUGGUGAUUCAGAAGACGAAGGCAUCGUUUUUGGCAAAAAGAAAGCAAAGGCUUGA